GCGAGCGAUGGCAUUUUAACUGCGAGCUUGGAAAUUGAUCGUGAAACCUAUAUAAGACCUUAGCUGAGGCUUGUGAGAAAAGCAGUGCGUCACAAGACAUUCGCGACAGAGCACUAACUAUAGAGAUCCUGUGAUGGGAUUCACUUAGUCAAGGCUUAUUUAACUAACUACGUGAAAAGGCUCUAUUCACGGACUCCAGAUUCUUUAGGAUAUACUAAUAAUUAACAUUAAACAUACGGUGUUAGAGGGUCUACUCCACGAGACUAAAAACUAUACAAAACACAUGUAGUUAGCAAGUCUAACUUAUCAAAAAGUUUGUCAACAUCGAGAUUUAUAAUAACAGCAAAAGUAACGCCGAAUCCAUUAUUCUGAAAUCUGGAUACCAAUUUGAAAGUUGUUGCGGCUUUAUCGAUUAAACUAUUGGAGAUUAAAGAAGACGCAUCGACCAGGUUCUGUAAACGAUUUGGUUCCCAAGAUGGUUAUAAUCUGAGCGCUAGCCGACUAUGAUCAUCUAGAAUCGAUUGUAGUCCAUUCAUCCACCAGAGUCAUGUAGGAAGUUGGGAUGUGACUGAGGAAACAACAUAUCAGCCCGUCGAAACGUGAGCUCAUCAACUUUAUAAUUUUUGAUUAGCAUUUGACAGUAGAAAAUGCGACGGGAAUGAUUAAGAACCCUAUUCAAAAAUCUGGAUUUACUGAUUCGUUUUGCGAGUUAAGUUGAACAGCUGUAUGUGAAAUUGUGUUGUUGUAAAGGGAGCAAGGCUCGUCCUUAUAUACUGGAAUAUUUCAACUGGACCCGUGGCGUGUUGAGUAACUGUUACCAGUGCCCAUUGUGACUCGUUCAGUUUCGAUCAACAGAGAUUCAAUAUGAUCAAACAAGUCAAGACAUCUUAUCUGAAAACAAGAGAACAUUCUUAGACAAUAAAAGAGAUUAAACUGCCAGUCGCCGCAUUAAAAUAUCAUUCUCUAGACUCUUUAUUGACUUUGACAUCUUUGAACCCUAGAAGCAUGAGUUCAGGACGCGUGGCUGUCUUCGCAUUACUGAUUUUGGUGGAAGUAUUGAAAGUACAUUCAAAAAUGAUGGUAAAUAUGAAUGGUUCGACCCAUAUAGACGCCUCUUACGUUAUAAACAACACAUUCCGUGUUAUUAACGAAAGCCACAGACAAAUUAUUCCUUUGAAGAUGGAAACAGAUGAGGAGGUGAUACCGUUCACAAUCAUAUCAAGUUUACUUUGUGCUUCAUCGGUCGCAGCCAACGUUAUUGCCAUAGUAACAAUAUACAACAUACCUGGAACUAUGAGUGUCAAUCAUUUGCUAUUCAUCAAUUUAUCUAUAGCAGAUCUAUUGGGAACCUUGUCCACGUAUUUAGAGACUGUAUUUAGAGCUGGCCUUCAUUGGGACGUUAUCAGCAAUUGGGGCCACUAUAAUGACGUAGUGGUCAUUGGAUACACAGGCUUUGCUUUCUUCUACAUAGAAGCUUCACUUACGUUACUUAUUUUCGCAAUCAUGCGUUUCAUCGCUAUCAAAUUUCCGAUGAAGUACAACGUACUAUUUACUAAAGUGCGAGUGUGUGAAUGCAUGGGGAUAUCAUGGAUUGGUUCGGGUAUUGUGGCUAUUCCGGGAAUAUUUGGACUGAGUAUAAUAAAGCAAAACCUGCAGACGAACUUGGAAUUUAAAUACUGGAACUAUGUCUGGCCAGCUGUUGUGAUUAUUAUAUUCCUUUGUGUUAUCUCGUUGUAUAGCACGGUAUCUAAACGUUUGCUUCAAAGACGCGCAAGCGCCGUGUCAAGGAACCAAGCGCGUGACAACUAUGGGGCGUUCAUCACGACUGUCAUUCUCAUGUCGACUUUAGUUGUGUCGAGUAUGCCUUAUGCCAUCGUAAAGAUAGUACGAUUCGCACAGUAUAACGAAGCACUUAUCGCAGCAUACCAUAACUUUAUAUGCUACUUGCCGUAUUUUAAUUUUAUGUCCGAUCCGAUUAUUUACAGUUUGCGCACUAAAGACAUCCGUUUGGCAUAUAGACGUACAUUUCCGUGUAUCCCGCAAGAGUACAUUAAUGCACCUACAAAUACAUUUCACUCUCACAAUGGAGUGACCACGGAACAGACUGAGGUAUAGGUGCAUUCGACCAUCCUAUCAGAGCUGACAGGAAAAAUCACGGGGAAAUCAUUAGCGAUGACAUGAUGAAAUAGGUGCUAUGGAAAUUAAGUAUCAAGAACAUAUAAUCAAAUUCUCCCAAUUUUGCUACAGCACCAAUUGUGUAUUAAUGAGAUUUAGGCCAUGACGUUGAUACGAUUCUGCCAGAGACAGUGAGUCAGAGGUUUUUGAAAGAAGUAAUGCUCUCUUUUUCUUUCAAGAUCUGCAACGAAAUCCAAAAUGGUGGAUUUUUGUAGAGCGAAUUUAUCCAUUUAUUCAUCAUGUACUCCAUGAACUGAUUUAUAAUCGACGCAUAUAUAGAAUAUUUUUUAUAAAGAUUCAUUCCAUAUACUAUGAUAGCAUCAUCAGAUUCAAAUAUACCUGCACUAUAGCUAUUGCUAAAGGGUCACGUGUUUAACUUUACUCGUUACCAAGCGGGAGAUCACGAGAACUCCACAAACGAAUUCAAUACUUCGCACCAAAAGCUGGCGAAAGAACCAUGUGAAGAUGUUAUGUGACGACAGCAUCUGUCCAAAAUACUCCCAAACGUAAAGUCAACUCCAAAGAAAAAAUGUUGAACUUUCAAAUAAAAUCAAACUUUUUGAAAACAUGUAAUCAUUUUUUGAGGAAUUUCGUUGCAAAUCUAAAUAAGAAUAGAAGAGUGAGAAAUUUUUAGAGGAAACACUGGCACCAUUUGUUGAUAUCCUUUAAAUUAGAAAAUUAGAAAGACUGAAAUUUCUGACCAAAUUAAACACCUGAAUUUUACAGUAAGUGUUAAACCAAUCCUCACAAUGGGUUGUUCGAAAUACCUAUGACAUGGACCCUGUCUGGAGAUUUAAUAUACACCUGUAAAUACAUUGUACAUGCUAUGUGAAUACAUAUCGCCUCUAAAUCGAGAAAAAACAAAUACUAUGUGUUACUAUUUUUAAAU